AUGCGGAGCCUUGGCCUAAAUGGGCUCCGAGAUCGUGCUGUGACAGAAACCGGCUCUGGAGAUCCUCGGUGUCGCUGGAGGUGGGAGCGGGCUGGCAGUAAAAGUAAAGAAGCAGAGAUAAAGAGAAUAAAUAAAGAGCUAGCAAACAUUCGGUCCAAAUUUAAAGGUGACAAGGCUUUGGAUGGUUACAGUAAGAAAAAAUAUGUCUGUAAACUGCUUUUCAUCUUUCUCCUGGGGCAUGACAUUGACUUUGGUCACAUGGAGGCUGUAAACCUGCUCAGUUCCAAUAGAUACACAGAGAAACAAAUUGGAUAUCUCUUCAUCUCCGUACUAGUGAACUCUAACAGUGAGCUGAUUCGCUUAAUAAACAAUGCAAUCAAGAAUGAUCUGGCCAGCCGCAACCCCACCUUCAUGGGACUUGCUCUGCACUGUAUCGCUAACGUGGGUAGCCGGGAAAUGGCUGAGGCGUUUGCUGGAGAAAUCCCCAAAAUACUUGUAGCUGGAGAUACUAUGGAUAGCGUGAAGCAGAGCGCUGCCCUGUGCUUGCUGCGUUUGUAUAGAACUUCUCCUGACCUUGUACCCAUGGGAGACUGGACCUCUAGAGUUGUGCAUCUCCUCAAUGACCAGCACUUGGGUGUGGUUACUGCAGCUACAAGUCUGAUUACGACUUUGGCACAGAAGAACCCAGAAGAGUUUAAAACUUCAGUCUCCUUGGCAGUGUCUAGGUUAAGCAGAAUUGUAACUUCUGCGUCAACAGAUCUUCAGGACUAUACGUACUACUUUGUUCCUGCUCCUUGGUUAUCUGUGAAACUUCUGCGGCUGUUACAGUGCUAUCCUCCUCCAGACCCUGCGGUACGUGGUCGUUUAACAGAAUGCCUGGAAACUAUUCUGAACAAAGCACAGGAGCCACCAAAGUCCAAGAAAGUCCAACACUCAAAUGCAAAGAACGCUGUGCUGUUUGAAGCAAUAAGUCUAAUUAUACAUCAUGACAGUGAGCCAAAUCUUCUAGUCCGUGCCUGUAACCAGCUAGGUCAGUUCUUGCAGCACCGAGAAACUAAUUUGCGUUACCUAGCACUGGAAAGCAUGUGCACGCUUGCCAGCUCUGAAUUCUCACAUGAGGCUGUGAAAACACACAUAGAAACAGUUAUCAAUGCGCUGAAGACUGAAAGAGAUGUAAGUGUACGACAAAGAGCUGUGGAUCUCCUGUACGCGAUGUGUGACCGAAGCAAUGCCCAGCAGAUUGUGGCUGAAAUGCUGAAUUACUUGGAGACUGCCGAUUAUUCCAUCAGAGAAGAAAUUGUUCUGAAAGUUGCAAUUCUAGCCGAGAAGUACGCGGUGGAUUAUACCUGGUAUGUGGAUACCAUCCUGAACCUGAUCCGCAUUGCUGGUGACUAUGUCAGUGAAGAAGUGUGGUAUCGAGUUAUUCAGAUCGUCAUCAACAGGGAUGAUGUUCAAGGGUAUGCAGCAAAGACUGUUUUUGAGGCUCUUCAAGCCCCAGCAUGCCAUGAGAAUCUUGUCAAAGUAGGUGGCUACAUCUUGGGAGAAUUUGGAAAUCUGAUAGCAGGUGAUCCAAGAUCAAGUCCUCUCAUCCAGUUCAACUUGCUACAUUCCAAGUUUCAUCUGUGUAGUGUUCCCACUCGAGCUCUGCUUCUCUCCACCUACAUCAAGUUUGUGAACCUGUUUCCAGAAAUCAAAACUACAAUUCAAGAUGUGUUGCGCAGCGACAGUCAGCUGAAGAAUGCUGAUGUUGAGCUGCAGCAGAGAGCUGUUGAGUAUCUGAGGCUCAGUACUAUUGCCAGUACUGAUAUAUUGGCUACAGUGCUGGAAGAAAUGCCUCCCUUUCCAGAGAGGGAGUCUUCUAUUUUGGCUAAACUCAAGAAGAAGAAAGGCCCAGGCACAGUUACUGACCUGGAAGAGAUCAAAAAGGAGAGGAGCUCUGAUAUGAACGGAAGCGCUGAACCUGCCUCUGUCAAUGCCAGUGCUGUUUCCACUCCUUCUCCAUCUGCGGAUCUGCUGGGCCUGGGUGCAGCCCCUCUCACCAAUUCUGCUCCCCCACCGUCUUCUAGCGGCAGCCUCCUGGUGGACGUGUUUUCAGACUCGGCUUCUGCGGUUGCACCUCUCGCUCCUGGCUCCGACGACAACUUUGCGAGGUUCGUGUGUAAAAAUAACGGCGUCUUAUUUGAAAAUCAGUUGCUACAAAUUGGAUUGAAAUCUGAAUUUCGACAGAACCUGGGACGUAUGUUCAUAUUCUACGGUAAUAAGACAUCAACACAGUUCUUGAAUUUUACUCCAACAGUAAUCUGCUCGGAUGACCUACAGUCAAGCCUGAAUCUCCAGACAAAACCUGUUGACCCCACAGUGGAUGGAGGUGCCCAGGUUCAACAGGUUGUGAACAUCGAGUGCGUGUCAGACUUUAUGGAAGCUCCAAUCCUGAACAUUCAAUUCAGGUACGGUGGAACGUUCCAAAAUCUUUCGGUAAAAUUGCCCAUCACGCUGAAUAAAUUUUUCCAGCCAACAGAGAUGUCUUCUCAGGACUUCUUCCAGCGUUGGAAGCAACUGAGCAAUCCCAAGCAAGAAGUACAGAAUAUCUUUAAAGCAAAACACCCGAUGGAUGCCGAGAUCACAAAAGCGAAGAUAAUUGGCUUUGGAUCAGCUCUACUUGAGGAGGUGGAUCCCAAUCCCGCAAACUUUGUUGGUGCUGGUAUCAUACACACAAAAACGACUCAGAUCGGAUGCUUGCUGCGCCUUGAACCCAAUCUCCAGGCACAGAUGUAUAGGCUCACACUACGAACAAGUAAAGAAGCUGUAUCUCAGAGGUUAUGUGAAUUGCUGUCCGAACAGUUUUAAUAUUAACCAUGUCAGUUUGGGUUUUUUCCAUUCAUAUCACUGUCAUCAUACUGCAAAUAAAUGUCUUGUACAUCACUGUCUGAGUACUGCAAUGUUAACCCAUUCCAGCUCCCUGCCUUAAUAGGACUUGACCCUUGUUUGAAAUUAAGACUAUAAAAUGUACAGUACAGGGAAGUGACUUUGGACGUUAACAAUGACUUGUAGUGUGUUCCACAAAGGGUGGGAGGGCUGUCUUGUGCUCCUUUUUGAUUUUUUUUGCAGAGGUCAGGCUUUCAAACUUGUUAAAGGGAAUCAGAUGUAGAUGUGGUAACGGAUGAUUUCGCCUGGGCACAGCUCGCAACGUUCGGCCUUAGCGCCUGUAACGGGUGCUC